CUAGCAAGACCCUAUAAAUACUAAACCCUUAACUCCAUUUUUCUUGUCUCAAUUUUUCAACCAUCACAUAUUGCCGCUCCCCCCUCACACUCGCUCCUCUUUAUCACGCGUUUCAAUUUCAAUUUCAAUUUCAAUUUCAAUUUCAAUGGAGUUCUGGGGUGUUGAGGUUAAGCCAGGGGAUUGCGUUAAAAUAGAGGAGUUGGAAGUAGCUAAUGCCUACAUCCACAUCUCUCAGGUUGCGCUGGGAGAGGCCUCAAAGAAUGAGAAAUCUAAGGAACCUGUGGUUGUCUACCUCAAAGUUGGAGUGCAAAAGCUUGUUUUGGGAACUUUGAACAGGGAGGAAAUCCCCCAAAUACCCUUGGAUUUGGUUCUCGACCAAGGGGCUGAGCUUUCCCACACUUGCAAGAGUGCCAGUGUCUAUUUCUGUGGAUAUAGGGCUGAUCGUGAUGAGGACGUACCUGGUGAUCUUGGUUCUGAUGACUAUUCAGAGAGUGAUGAGGAAGAGGCUGCAUUGAAUCUCAAAGAUAAUGGAAAAGUUGAAACCAAGUCUGAAAAGGUAAAGAUUGCUGAACCAAAAAAGGAUGUGAGUGGUGCCCCAGCAAAGAAAGUCAAUGUUGCUGUUCCAAAGAAAGAUGAAGAGGACGAGGACUCUGAUGAUGACGACGACGACGAUGAUGAUGAGUCUGAUGAUGAGGAUGAAUCUGGAAGUGAGAUGGAUGCUGAUAGUGAUGAGGACGGGAGUGAUGAAGAUGAAGAGACACCUGUGAAGAAGGUCGACCAGGGCAAGAAGAGACCAAAUGUGUCUGCAACAAAAACUCCAGUUCCUGCUGCUAAGAAAGCUAAGAAUGUAACUCCUGAAAAGUCUGGUGGCAAGAAAAUUGCACAUGCACCAACCCCUCACCCCGUGAAGAAAGGUGGAAAUCCAAACAGUGCAGGGAAGUUCCAGUCACCUAAAACUGGUUCACAGCAGCAGAAAAAGGGUGGAAAGAAGGGUGGUCGUUGAUCAUGAAGUUUCUAAUAUGUACUAAUUUUUGCUUUUAUUGCAUUGGAAUAUCGUAAUCGGUGUAAUGGUUAUAAGGUGAACGCUUGGAUAGGAUGUUUACUAAAUUUUGUUUGCUAGAGGCUACUAGUUCGAUGAGUUGAGUUCUCAGAAAUUUUGUUGGACAACUAUUUUGUUUUAGUUGAGUUAAAAUAUAUUAAUUAUCUUUAUUAUUCAAA